AUGGACACAACCAUCCCAAAAUCCAAGUCAUUCGCUCUCCACCUCCUCUCCAUCCUCCAAUCUUCCCCCUCCUCCUCCUCACACCUUUCCCCAUCCCACACAACCACCAUCUCGGCCCUCUCCUUCCUCUCUCACCACCUACAAAUCCAAAGCCUCCCCGCCACCGCCCUUGUCAUAGCCUUCUUUUUCGAAUACGCCUUUGAUUUUCUCUGCCAACAUCACCACCAACACCAACAAACCCCAAACCAACAAAACCACCCCCACCUCGACUCCCUCCUAGACCCGGACAUCCGCCAAAUCCGUCUCCGUCUCAACCUCACCAUGUACCACCGCCAUGCAGACUGGCUCUGGACCCAACAACACGACACCCACCCGCACUGGACACAAGACGAACACGCAACAGUAUUCGUACUGCGCGUGCUGGAAGCCAGUUUCGAGUACGGUUUGUUGCCUAAGGAGUGCGCCAUCGCCGAGGCUGUCGGGCCUGUACAUCAGCAGUUGUGUGUGUUGCAGUCGGUCGUGUUGGGACGGGAUACGUGGGUGGAAGAUGAGGUGUUGAGACGGGAGUUGUGUGAGAAGAUGUUGGUGGUGUUAGAGGCUGUUGCUGGUGGCGCUGAGGGAGAGAAGAGGAGGGGGAUUGGGUCUGGGUUUGGGAUGGGGUUUAGUGGGGGAUAG